GUUGGGCUCUGAACCAAUCUUGCAAAGGAAAACAAAAAUGGCGAUGAUGCAGUGGUGUGGCGCAGUAGCUAGGGGAGUGAUGGCGGCGGAGCGCCGGUCGCCUUCACUAACGUCGUCAAUGGCGGUGGAAGGACUGGUUCCGAUCCUUUGUGGACGAGGUGACAAGAAGACGAAGAAGGGGAAAAUAUUCAAAGGAUCGUACGGCAACGCCAGGCCGAAGAAGGAGAAGAAGAUUCAGCGGAUCAAGGACAAAAUCGAGGUUCCUAGUUCCACUCCUUGGCCUCUUCCUUUCAAGCUCAUCUGAUUUGAUUUUUUUUUUUUUUUUUUCAAUCUCUGGUUUCGUAAACUGUUAAGAUGUUUCUCGAGGUUUAGGGUUUAUGUCAGGUCAAGAUCGAUUGUAGCCGAAAUUGGAAUUGAUCUAAUUUGAGUGAUUAAUCGUCUGCUGUUGUGUACGGUUCAUUUUAUCGAUCUAGAAUUGAAAUUUGACUCAGAUUCAUAAAUGUUAUCCGGAAAAUUUUCGAGAUUA